UCGAAUGCAUCAGCUGUGAUGCACUCAGUGUCCAACAGUACGGCAACGCUGUUCGUCAAAACGUGUAAAAUUUCCUGCUGCUCUUUGGAUGAUUAAAAACACAGAAAAGGAAAGGAUUACUCAGCACAGCCUCGAAAUUGCCAGACGACAAAAUGUCCACCACCCACAAGCAGCGCUACAAAAAUGCCGCCCUGGACUCCACUGAGAUGCGCCGGCGUCGCGAGGAGGUCGGAAUUCAGCUUCGAAAGACUAAGCGGGAGCAGCACCUUUUCAAGCGCCGUAAUGUGGUCUUGGAGCCAGCCACAUCGUCGAUGUCUACCGGAAUGGAUAGCAGCACUAGCCAAGAGCAGGUCGCGGACAUGAACAUGGCGGACAGUAGCACCGGACAAACUCCAUUCGUAGGACAUUUGGAUGUGGCCGGCGGAAGCGGAGCUCAGGUCUCGGCGAUCAGCGAUGAGAUGAUUGCAAUGCUUUAUACCGGCAAGGAAACCGACCAGCUGGAGUCAACACAGAGAUUCCGUAAGCUGCUCUCCCGCGACCCCAACCCGCCCAUCGAGGAGGUUAUUCAGAAGGGGAUUGUGCCGCAGUUUGUGACCUUUCUACGAAACAGCACCAACGCGACAUUGCAGUUCGAGGCCGCUUGGACGCUGACCAACAUCGCUUCCGGCACAUCGCAGCAAACCAAGGUCGUCAUCGAAGCCGGGGCUGUGCCUAUAUUCAUAGAUUUGUUAGCCAGUCCCCACGACGAUGUCCAAGAGCAGGCCGUGUGGGCUCUUGGCAAUAUAGCCGGCGACUCACCCCUGUGCCGUGACCAUCUUCUCAAUUCCGGCAUAUUAACGCCACUCCUGCAUGUGCUAACUAAUUCUGAACGCAUUACAAUGAUACGCAAUGCGGUAUGGACCUUAUCGAAUUUGUGCCGUGGCAAAAACCCGCCGGCAGACUUUUCAAAAAUAAUCCACGGUCUGCCCAUUCUGGCACGCCUUUUAAACUACACCGAUGUGGACGUACUCAGCGAUACAUGCUGGGCCAUAAGCUACCUAUCCGAUGGACCGAACGAAAAAAUUCAGGCUGUUAUUGAUGCGGGCGUUUGCCGACGCCUGGUUGAGCUACUUCUACAUCCGCAGCAAAAUGUUAGCACAGCCGCACUAAGAGCAGUGGGAAACAUCGUCACUGGUGAUGACCAGCAGACCCAGGUUGUUUUGAACUAUAACGUUCUGCCCUGCAUAAGUCACCUGCUGCUUUCCCAAACGGAGACAAUUAAGAAGGAAUCUUGCUGGACUAUCUCUAACAUCGCCGCCGGAAACAGGGAGCAGAUCCAAGCCAUAAUCAACGCCAACAUAUUCCCCCUGCUCAUGGUCAUUAUGCAGACAGCAGACUUCAAGACCCGCAAAGAGGCCGCUUGGGCCAUUACCAAUGCAACAAGUAGUGGUACCUCCGAGCAAAUUCACUAUCUUGUCGAAGUGGGCUGUGUGCCACCCAUGUGUGAUUUCCUCACCGUUGUCGACUCUGAUAUAGUUCAAGUGGCGCUGAACGCGUUAGAGAAUAUAUUAAAAGCAGGUGAAAAGUUCCAGGUGCGACCAAAUCCAUACGCCAUGGCCAUCGAGGAGUGUGGUGGUCUGGACAAGAUCGAGUAUCUGCAGGCGCAUGAAAACCGUGACAUCUAUCACAAAUCCUUUUACAUCAUUGAGCAGUACUUCGGAAACGAAGAAGAAGACCCUCGCGUGGCCCCAGAGGCUGGUAGUCAGCAAUUUGAGUUUAAACCGGAUAAUAUGCCCAGUAGCGGUUAUAACUUUUAGCACAUUACCGACAAGUUUCAUGUGCAAAUUCUUUAAUCACGAACACAUAGCACACAACAGAAAAUUAUGGCGAACCAUACCGCCUGCCACGCCUUGACAGAAAUGCAGGACAAAUGAAAAUUCAAGGGAUAAAACGAAAUGCGCCCAGGAAGGGCAGUCACUAAUAGCAUUUAAGAAGUUGGUGGGGCCCGUUAUUAUUUCAUUAGUUUUUUUUUAUAUACUCGGCUGCACAUUGUAUCUGCGAUUAUAUUUUUCGUUUUUUUUUGUCCUGGACCAGUCAUGACCAUUACUCAAGCAUUUCUCCAGCUGGCGGAAUCGCUUCUACUUAGUUUAUAUGUACUAAUUAAAUGUGUUAUACGAUCUUAUGUAUAUGUAUUUACUUUCAUUUUGAGUUUGUAAAUAUUUUAUAUUUUAUUAAGCCCAAUUUCGUUGAGAGCCUGACUUGGUGUUGUUAUACAUUCAUAUAAACACGCGUAAUUUUACAUUAUUUUGUUACGAAUAAUCCAUGAACAGAAAUCUAUGAACUUUUAAAUGUUUAAUUUAAUUCAAACGAAAAUUGAAUAAAGAACAACAACCAGACCAGAA